AUGUACUUAUUUCAACAGCUCUACGUGUACCCCAUCAAGUCGCUUCGAGGAACCACCGUCCCAGAGGGCACACUCACCCCCCUCGGCCUAGAAUGGGAUCGACGCUUCAUGUUACUCAAGGUCGAAUCGACCGAAGAGGGAACCGCAUUGAAGAACAUGCAUGUCCCACACUACCCUGAGAUGUCUCUCUUCCAGACCGCCAUCGACCCCCCGAAGAACGAAGCAGAUAACGGGAAACUGACAGUGACAUACACCCCGGCGGAAGCUCCAAACAACGAAACUCGGAAGCUUGAGAUCCCACUGCGCAUGACUAGCCAACAAGUGAAGAGUAUGAAGAGUUUCCCCAUCACGAUGCACCAGAGCCCGACGACGGGGUACGACAUGGGACCUGAGUUCAACGAGUGGUUCAGUGCAUGUUUCGGAUAUCCCGUGAUCUUAGCCUAUCUGGGGACCAACACUCGAGAGAUUCUAGGAACGCUAGCGCCACGGAAGCGAAACAAAGAGUCCAUCUGGACGACAUGGUGGCGCGAAGUCAGCGACCCGCGCGACAACGAGGGCAUCCUCAUUGGACUUUUGGCUACUUAUGUGAUCGGUAGUUUGCUCUGGAAGGGAUAUGAAAUUGUCCAUGGCGUGACAUCCGCACUCAAUACGAAGACGUACCUCAAUAUGUUUGCUGUGGUGGGUACAUUAAUUGGACUGUACUGGAUGAGCCUCCGUCGGCGGGAAGAUAGAAUUGGAUUCGCCGAUUGCGCACCGUUCUUGGUUAUCUCCGAGACAUCAGUGAACAAUGUUUCAGGGCGACUACCCGAAGGCGAGGAAAUGGAUCGGACGAAGUUCCGGCCAAAUAUUGUGGUUUCGGGGGCUGAGAAUGCCUUUGAGGAAGACUUUUGGACGGAGUUGGCUGUCGGGACUAAGACGAGGUUAUUGUUGACGGGAAAUUGUGUUCGAUGUCAGAGUUUAAAUGUGGAUUACGGGACUGGGAAGAUGGGGACUGGGGAGUCAGGGAGUGUGCUGAAGAAGUUGAUGAAGGAUAGAAGGGUGGAUACGGGGGCCAGGUUCAGUCCUGUCUUUGGAAGGUACUCUUUUCUUGGACGGGGUACUGGGGAGAAAAUUCGAGUCGGGGAUGAGGUGAUGGUGGUGAAGCGUGGGCAGGAGCAUACGGUGACUGGUGAGUUUACCUGUCUGUUUUCUUCCUCCUUUUUUGGAAGGAUCCACGGGGUUGGAUGA